AUGACGGUCAGCAUCUCGAUUGACCCCGCUGAUCCGCACGACUUGGAUUCUCUGUCGGAGGACGAGGACUCCUCGGGUGUGCAAGUCUCCAUCCCCUCCGACGGGAGUCAUGAAUAUGCAGAUUAUGAUGAUGAGUGGGCGCACCUGUCAUAUCCGGAUGAAUUGUUGAAACCGUCUGAUUCAGCCUCUCGACCAAGGACUUCGAAUCGCAACCGCUCGCUCCACGGUUCGCGCUCGGCUUCGGCCCGUCGCCAACCACCGCGCCGCCAAAUGAUCCCCGAUCGCGACCACGAUUAUGCCCCACGGUCCCGUCGCCAGCCCUCCCCAGAGUCGCCGGAUAGCGCUGAUUCUGAGGAAUUCGCCCACUACUCUUCUCGCAAUACUCAUGAACGGCGAUGGGCCGGCCCACCGGGCCCAGGCUAUACACAGAGUGUUUCCUCAGGUCCCACCUAUAAUCAUCAAUUUCCCCAGGGCCAAGGCCAUGCGCCAUUCCCCCACCAGAAUCCUCCGCCGUUGUCUGACCAGCUCAUCCGACUCGGCCACGGUAACCCGAAUGGCCAGCCCUACAACCCGGCAGCCUAUCCAUACGGUCCACCCCAUGGGGCUCAUCCCAUGCACCCCUACUUUCAGGAGCAAGGACCUGCGAGACAUCCUCAACAACCCCACCAGUCCCGCAUUGAUCCUCACACCCACCAACCAUUGCCCCCUCACAUGGGUCCCCAUGGUAUACCGGCACCUUUUGCUGCGGGGCCUCCAUUCCAUCACGAGAUUAUGCCGUACGCCUCUAAUGGCUACUUCAACAAUUUCCGGGAUCCAUAUGCGGCCAUGUUCCAAGGGAUGAUGCCCCCGUCUUAUUUCAACUACCCACAAGUGCCAUCCCCAAUCCCGCCGGAGUCCAAAUCGCCUCCUCCUGCUCCUCCCGCGGAUGAUGCAGCCAAAGAAGCGGCCCAGGAAGCAGCCAAGGAAGCAGCAGCAAAGGAUGAGGCAAUCGCGCGACUAGAGAAGUUGAUUAUGGAAGAUCGCACGGAGCGUGAAAACAGGGAAGCGGCCCGCAAAGCAGCUAUUGCGGCCGAGGAGGCGGAGAAGGCCGCACGAGAGAAACAGGCCGCUCAUGAUCGCGCCAUUGCAGCAGAGGCGGCGUUAGAAGCGGCGACGCUGGCACGCGCGGACGCUGAGGCACGAGCAGCGACUGAUGCGGCCAAGGCGAAGGAGGAGGCAGAGAAAAGAUUUGCUGAAGCCGCUGCUCAAGCCAAGGAGGACUCGGCACAAGCAGCGCAAGAUGCAGCUACCAAAGCAUUGGAAGCAGUGGAAGCAGCGAAAGCAGCUGCCGCCGCGGCAGCUGCCAAAGCCAAAGAGGAAGAGGAAAACAAGAACAAAGUUCCCCCACCAGAGAAGAAAAAACCCAUUAAAUUUAAGGAUGCCGUUGGGAGAAAAUUCAGCUUCCCCUUUGAGCUAUGCAGCACCUGGCGGGGAAUGGAGGACCUGAUCAAGCAGGCAUUUCUCCAUAUCGAAGUCAUUGGGCCUCAUGUGGCCGAGGGACAUUACGAUCUAGUGGGACCUAAUGGCGACAUUAUUCUUCCGCAAGUUUGGGAAACAGUUGUUGAGCCAGAUUGGACAAUUACGAUGCAUAUGUGGCCAAUUCCUGAAAAGCCCAAGGAGCCUGAUCCCCCAGCCGCCGAUGCACCGCCGGCUGAAGCUCCUAAGCCUGCGGAGCCGAAAAAGAAAGAAGGAACCAAGAAGGCCCCACGUAAGCCCGGUGACCCCCCUGCCUUUGCGACAUGGAUGAUAGGCCGGCGUCCUCCUCCCCGGGUCAAGAAGGGCCCCAAGGUAGAAAAGAAGGAAGAGCUGGCGCCCCAGUGA